GGUUGUGCUUACGACAAAUGAUAUAGUCGUUUCAAGGAGAGAGUGCCCUUGAGGUUUAAGUCGCGAAAGGUAAAAGCAUUUUGAUAGUAUUCGCUGUUGACAAAGAAUGUCCCUUAUGGACAACUACGUCGAGCACAAGUGACCUGAUUAGAAUACUGCUGCGCCACCCUCCAGUUGUACGUGGAGGAUUUCAAAUGACCCGAACAAACCGGAACUAUCUAUGUGAAGGGCUCAGGGGUUAAGCAUCGCCUUGUCACAAUUACGAACGGUCUGCGGAUCACGGACACGCGAUGCAAUUUUGUAACUUGCGGUAGAAAGCGACUUUCGGUUUUGUUGGUGUUUUCGAUCUUUUACGGAACUGGGAUUUCUGCCUUGUGCAUUCCACUCUCCUUGAUUCGACAUAGACGACGGAAGAAGAACUGGAAAGCUGGACUUCAAGACCGACCGGGAAGUUUUAGGGUCUUGAACGGUGCACAAACCGGCGGGAAAGAAAUUUGAGGCGUUUAGCAUUUGUCGAAGCCCUCUCCUUUGAAUGUGAAGUGAAGUGAAGUAAGUGCCCAUGGAAAGCUGGAACAGUUAGAGUUUCGGCGGUCCAACGAUUGCGUAACGUGAAUCGGAUGGAGGUUGCGGUAAUUGCAGAAUUGUGCCAGGACUACCAGCUACGUCGUCGAAUACAAUUUUUGAGCUGAAUUUUAGUUUCGAUCGGGAACAUAUGGACACUGCACACGGAUAGAUGGUUAGAUGGGUACACAGUCGAUUGAAGGCACGUUGGCAGGAGAAAUUGACAUUAUCAAAGUUAGGAUGUGUCGUCUGAAGUGACGAAAAUGGCUUUCGCGUGUCAGGAUGUGGCCUCGUGCAAUGAUGAAGGACAAUACAUAGUUGGUAGCAAGCAGGUCCUUAGGAACUGUCGUCCAAAGGUGUAACAUUGCGGAGUACUUACUGCAAUUCAAAGUUGGAAAAGUUUUGAGUCUAUUGUCGUUCAUCACCGUGGUCUGGAGGAUGAGUAAAUUUUUUCACACAGGUAUAGAUAUUAGCUUUAGUUGAGAAACAUUCUGAGGGUUUUAUAUUCAAAACCCUACACAUUGCAGAUUCUGGGGGCUCCCCAACUGAUGUGGCGCAGGUUGGCUGCUCCCAGAGAUUUGUGCCCAACUGUUCCGGUGGGCAGAAGAGCUCAUUCAGGGAUUGCAAGUUCAGAGGAGAAGGAUUCUCCUAGCUGUGAUGACAGUUCAUUAUUCUUCCAGUUGGGGAACUGAGGUUUUCUCUGCGUAAACUCUUGCGGGGACUCGGUGUUUGGAGACAAUCUUAUAAGGAUUGCUACACCAAACUGUUACGUUAUUCUUUUCGAACUCAGUUACUUACCUGAUUAAAAGUUUCUAACUUUUAAUCUAAAUUUUAGUGAAAGGUUAGUGAAAGGUGAGUGUUGACGAUUUGUUUUUAACAAGACACAAUGGCCGAUGCCAAAGAUAUACUAGGGCUUCCGAAGGUUGUCGGUUCCGGAUCGGAAAAGCGUCGUUCCACAAAGGAUGGCCAAAAGAAACCAGAUGGAGUUUCUCGCGAGGUUUAUGCCCUUACUGGGGGACUGCCUCCCAUAAUGCCAGCUUUGGACCCAAGUAACCUCAAGAAGAAGAAGCCAGUUGAUUCAGUCAAGAAGGUCGCUUGGAAGUGGAACCAAUUUACAUCUUCCGCUCGUUCAGAUAGCCUUCAACUGAGACAUUGGGUGCGAGUGGUUGACAAUGUUGAACCCAUAGGAGAUUAUGCUUUUGCUAAAUACAACAAGGCGGUUGAUGUCGUACGAUACACAGACGAGGAGUACUCCAAGUAUUUAACUGAUACGACUUGGAAUAAAGAGGAGACAGACCAGCUUUUCGAUCUUUGUGAGCAGUUUGAUCUCCGGUUCAUCAUCAUAGCAGAUCGAAUGCCCACUACCCGUACAGUUGAAGAACUCAAAGAGCGUUACUACUCAGCUGCAAAAGCGGUUUUGCUGAGCAGAGCUGGAUUGCCGGAGGAUGUGGCAGACCACACUCUUAUGAAGGAUAUUUAUAAUGUACAAUACGAGACUGAGCGAAAGAAGGCUUUAGGAAUACUUUUGUCACAGUCUCGACAACAAGAACGGGAAGACGCUGAGGUUCUGGCAGAGGCCAAACGCAUCCAAGAAGUCCGCCUCAGUGCCAAGAUAGCAGAAGAAGCCGAAUUACCCAGCAACAAGUCUGCAGCGGAGACCACGGUGAAUAACGAGAUGGUUGACAAAUCUCCGAGGACUCCUCUGCGUCCUACUUCUCCUGCACAAGCUGCACAUGCUGGUCCCUCUACCGUGGCAGCAGCACCCGCUGCCCCUGUCCCCUCAGUGACUGCCGUAGGCACUUCACCUGCAAUAAGCGGGCCACGUCCUCCACGUGUGUAUCUUCGAUCAGCAUAUCAUGCACAAAUGGUUCAAAGCAGCGCAACUCAAGCAGGUGUACGAACAUCGAAACGUGUGGAUCAGUUGCUGGAAGACUAUGGAUGUCGAGCCAAGGUGAAGAAUCCUACGAAGACUGUGUGUGAAGAACACAUUGAGCUGCGGAAAGAACUGCUUACACUCAUUCAGCUGCAAAAACAGUUAACUUGGAAAGAGAACGAGGUCUCUGUUCUCCGAGAGAACCCAUAUGCAGAUAUACCAACGCCAAGUACACCAAAGAGAUCACACCGCGGGAACGACCACGAGCGAGUUUUGACCCGAGCAACAGCAGUUGGAGCCGACACAGAUUCAUUUUCAGGUGAAAGAGUGAACAAACGAGAACACAAGAGAAAGGCGCCUGCAAGGUUUUCCGAGGCUCCAGCAUCGCCUCCUCACCAAAAGCGCGCUCGUAAGAUGAAAGCUUCUGACAGCUAACCCAAAGCUUUUCAGAGCUAUUUCUUUUGCAUUGGGUUAGAAUUGAAGAGUAGAGCAGUAUAUAGUCAAGUAUCGAAGCAGGCUCGAGCAAAGAGACCAAGCAGAACGGGAGCGUCAGCGACACCUGUACCAAACACUGUUAGAGAUAUCGGCCAUCAAAUUACUUUGCAGAAUCACUAAGCCAUUCAGCUUUGUCAAGAUAAUUCUGGUAUUCUGAGCUCCUACUGAAAGAUAUUGAAAUCUUUCUCGUAAUUUAAGGUAGAGCCACACCUAUGUUUGGAGGUCCUUUUGGUGAAUGGCUGUUGCGCAGCUAACGGAGGUUACAGUGAAGGCUUCACUGUGCUGAGGCAUAGCUCCUGUCACCUUUCACGAACAAAGAGAGGGCCUGAACGACAAGUAAGGUUCUCGUCUGAUCUCCUUUCAUGAAGUGGGUUGUGCAGGCACCAGGCUAAAUAUUGGCAGAACUGUCCGUCAGAGCAAAGUUACAUGUUUUUUACGGGUUCUACCAUUCAACUUUUGAAACGGCUGUUGGUCAGAGGAGAUAACAGAAUCUAAAAGGCUCUGAAGCUUUGAGGAUAGAGGCGUGGCGUGGGUCUUUGCUCAGCAAAGCUUUUGUAAAAAUCCUAUCAAGGUUUUGUUUCUGCAGUUCCACUUUCAUCUCUUGCCGCUGUACCAUACUUAUUACAACAAGCGCAAUGAAAUUGCAAUCUUAUCCUCCUUUGGAUGGAAGGUGUACUAAAGCGCUUGUAGGAACGCUCUUGAUCCCGGACGGUGUGAAAGAUUUGCAACUUGUCGGACACAAUCAUGGGAUAUGGUCGCAACUGUCCCUUCACGACCUUUUGUCCCAACAAAAAUUGUGGCGAAGAGCUCAGCUUUUGACAAGAGAUCUUCAGAUCUUGACAAUCAGGCUAAUCAGUUCUAGUAGAGUCUGGUGAGGUAAGCAGUUCUGUGACAGCACGACUGAUGCAUGAAAAUAGAGGCUGGAGUUCCUAGGAGUCUCUUGAACGUAUGAUGUGUUUGGAUCCACUUUUGACACAUGAGAACUUGC